GUCGGUAGAUCUAUUUUUCUUGUCGGCUCAAUAUUACCUGUCACAACCAUUAUAUCAGACCACAAAAUAUUCCUAAAUAAAAAAAAUCAACAAAUCAUAGAUUGUUUUAACUACUAGUACUUUGAUCUUAGUAAGCCAACGACUCAUCAAGAUGAGUUCCGGGAAAAGUAGCUCGAUGUAGUUCCGAAUGUUUUGUGAUGGCGGAUGAGUUGAUAGAGAGAUGAGAAGGAUUCUGGUAAAAUUUACUGUUUUCUAAAGGUUAUGCUGAGGUGUGCCAUUGAACCAGUCAUUUAACACAAAACAUCAGGAUGAAGUUUAUUCAUUAUUCUGGUCUGAUCCAUCUGUUUGUGCUGUGUAUCCUAUUCACCAUUUUGACCAUCUUCGUCGUGAUGACGGGCACUUUUGGUCCAGGCAUGUGGCAAACUUUUGAUCCCUAUACAGCAUACGGGAAAUGGCCGACCAUAUUGAUGUACAUAAUGAGAUUUCUCACACUAGUACCAUUGCCUCUAUCUAUAUGUAACUUCCUAGGUAUUGUAAUGUUCAAUACAUUCCCAGAAAAGCCUAAAGUAAAAUCAUCGACACUUUUUGGACCAUUUCUCUGCUUUAGAGUAGUUACCCGUGGAACAUUUCCGGAACUAGUCAGAAAAAAUGUGAGUAGGAAUAUUGCCAUAUGUUCCGAGCUUGGUCUUGAUAAUUUUAUUUUUGAAGUAGUGACCGACACAGGUAUAAACUUGGCUAAAUCGUCCCGUACUCGUGAGGUAGUUGUGCCAACACAAUAUCAGUCUGCGAAAGGAUGUCUGUACAAAGCACGAGCUCUCCAAUACUGCCUCGAGGACGACGUUAAUGUUCUAUCCGACAAUGACUGGAUCAUCCACUUGGAUGAGGAAACACUACUAACCGAAUCAUGUGUAAUUGGAAUCAUCAAUUUUAUAAACGAGGGGCUCUACAGUUUUGGUCAGGGUGCCAUCACAUAUGCCAAUGAAGAAAUCGUUUGUUGGAUUACCACUAUCGCCGAUUUAGUCCGUGUUGGAGUAGACUAUGGAAUCAUCCGAUAUACUCUUAAAUAUCUACACAAACCAUUGUUUAGCUGGAAAGGAAGCUAUGUGGUUUCAAAUGUUGGUGCGGAAAGAAAGAUAACCUUUGAUUUUGGAUCUGAAGGCAGCAUAGCAGAGGACUGUUUUUUUGCUUUGAGUGCAUGGCGAGAGGGCUACAAGUUUGGAUUCAUCGAGGGUGAAAUGUGGGAAAAAAGUACUUUCUCCUGCAUGGACUUCAUUCGUCAGCGGAAGCGGUGGGUUCAAGGUAUCAUCAUGGUCCUCCUCAGUCGUCAAAUUCCCGCCAGGAACAAGUUUGGGAUCUCUGUCAUGGUCCUUAGUUGGCUCGUUAUGCCAAUCACCGUGCCUAACCUUGUCCUCGUACCAUUGUGCCCUUUACCCAUGCCGAACAUCAUCAACUUCCUAUGUGGCUUCAUGGGGGGAGUAAUGCUCUUCCUGUUUGUAUUCGGGGCAGUAAAAUCGUUUAAUUAUCGUCGGACUGGAUUGUUGAAGUUCCUGUUUCUGUGUAUCUGCCCCAUUCUAAUGAUACCAGUAUGUGUAUUACUGGAGACAUGUGCGGUGACAUGGGCUCUUGUCUCCCAGAAACAAGGAGGGUUCCACAUCGUCAAAAAGGAAACUAGUCCAUCUCGCAUAGAAGUGUAACAUCAUCAUUAUAUUAUCAUAUCACUAUAUUCUCAGUGUCCAUCGGAUAUUAAAGAAUCUCAUUGCUGCUGUGACACACCCUGUUUGACUGUCAUGGCCAUCUGUCCUAAUGUAUUCUAGAUCUUUGUAAAAAGUUGCGUCCAGCUAAAAUGUAAAAUUACGGAGUUGGCUGAAGCCCUGGGCUUGCCAGUUUAGUGUUGAGGACAUUGUUGUCCCAUUAUCAACUCCAUUGUCUCGUUGUUUGUGACAAUGUCACCUCAAUAUCAUGCUUCACUUUUCUUUUUUAUGUUUUAUCCAUUGUGGCUACCUUUUUGAUAAUUUUAACUUUUUUUCUAAAUUCCAACUGUUGUGUUCACAAGAGUCUUGUCUAGAAAAAUCCAGAGAUAAUCCUGACCAAGUGUUCUUUUGUUUAUUUGAAAUCCAAGAUGGUUGCUGUCUUGAUAACUGUUUUUUUUUUUUUUCUUAAUCUCGAACAGUGUAUUUUAGCAAAAGGACCUCUUACCGGUAGAAUGGAAUUUUGCCACCGAACCAAUUUGACAGAAACUAGGUGUAGCCAUCUUGGAGACAACCCAUGAGGUAGGUUUAAAAACUUCAAAAGGUCCCGGGGCCUGUGUUAUGGCCUACUUAGUGUUGCCCACCUGAGGUGUAAGACGGAUUCACUUGUUAGGUGGAACAUGUACAGCCACCUAUAGUGAUUAUCACCAUAUUUUGUGAGAAGAAAUUUAUUUGGAACUCUUGGGGGAAUCAAACUGUCGCUUAUUUCUAUGAUCAAUCCUGAUGAGUUCAGGAUGGGACCAGAAAUUAUUCUUCCCAAAACGCGCUAACAACACACUAGACAAUAAUAUCUCCUUAUGCAAGGUAUUUGUGAUUAAGUUUAUAAUUCACGUUUUUAUAUAUUUGUAGACAUUUGUUUAAGAUAAAUUAUAGAAAAACAGUUAAAAUCAUACACAAUGAUCAGUUUUAUCCUUGAGUAUUCUGGACAUUGGAAAGUCAUCCUGAGCUCUUCGAUUGAUAAGAAUGGCCCUCACCCAUCAAAUACUGUUUUUUGUCUUGGAUUUUCCAAUUGUCAAUCGUUAAACUAAAUCUCUUUUUGUUUCUACAUUUUAUACUUAAAGUGAAAGUAGAGUUGAUUCUAAAUCUGAUUGUUUCUUGCGUCAUUUCCAAGAAAUAGACCUACAAAAAUGAAUGAGUUGGUUCAAGUGAUUAUGAGGCGAAACCUAAGGUUAGCUUGUUUCCACAACAGAGAUUCCGAUAGCAAUAAAGUGGUUGCAUGGUUUAAAUCAGUCGAUAGUGAAAUGCUUGUACAAAGUAUAUAACAUGAACGUGUGAUUCAACAAGUCGUCGGAACUGAUAAGGAAGGCCAAUUCGUCAGUAACAAAUUUAAUUUUUUUUUAAGGAAGUGAUACACCCACUUCUGGGGACCCAUAAGUUUGUCAUCUAAAUGUCAAAAAGUCUUUUUUUUAGAAAAAAUCAAUAAACACAGUACUAUGUUAGUAUUUAAUAAUUUAAGAUAAAAACCAAAGUAAUUUAUUUCAAAAUCUGUUUGUAUUUUUAGUGUUCCUUUGAAGUCGAUGUCGAUUUUUAACUCAACUUUAUAGCUAUCUGUCGUGAGCAAAAUUGCCGUUGUUUCUGAAAGAGGUCCUUUGAUAGAUUGUUUUGGAACUCAAAACAAUAAAAGGUUUUUUUCAUGUAUAUGUAUUAUAUUAGCUAUGGCAGCUAUUUUGUAAACAAAACAUAUUUCAAACUUCUCAAGUCAACCUUCUAUCAGUGGAGUUUGUUGGGUACUAACUACCUGUAUGAAUAGAUGAAAAUGAUGCUUUAGGGUUGCAAUGAAAUUGAUUAGGAUUUCUGCCAUCUUAAAGAAAUGCAUAAUAUUUAAUCUUAAAUCAAGCUGUACCAAUGAAAUUUAGUUGAAACCUUUCAGGAAUGAUCCUGAGAUAAUGCCAAUCAAUGUUUACUCAGAUGUAUUAAGCUUUAAUCAAUAGAGAAUUAGUCAUAUAUGGAAAUAUACUCCUAAUAUGGAAAUGUACUAGCUAUAUAUAUAGUCUAGUCUAGGGGAGACAACUUAGGAAUUGUAGAAACAAAUUGUCUCCCUUGUAUCACAACACGCAUAAUGAAAACAAGGAUGUGGAUGAAUUUAUAUCUGUACAAGUUAAGUUGCAAAUUUUUUUUUCGACACUAUCUGUUUCAAUAAUGGACUUUAAGUUAAUCCUGAUAAUGAUUAAGUUCUGUGUUGUGAAUUCUUUGUACACUGUAGAUGGUAUAGAUGGCUAAUAUACAUAAUAAUGUAUACAUGUAUGUUAUUAUUUACUGUAAAAAUGAUAUAAUACCAGUUGUAUAUGUGUGUAUAGUAUAAUUAUACACUAGAUGAUAUAAAUGAUUAAUAUAUACAUGUAUGUUAUCAUAAUGUAAAAAUGAUAUAAUACCAGUUGUAUAUGUGUGUAUAGUAUAAUUACACACUGCAGUUAACCUUGGCUAUUUGUUAAUACUUGUUGCUUUUAUAAACUGACAAAAUAUUGCUGGCCAGCUUGUAGCAGUAUAUGUUACCCAAGUUUUACCCUACAAUGCCAAAAUUGAUCAAAAUUUGUACGAUGUACCACUGUUGUUUGACUGAGGUGGGUACAUUUUGUAGGUAGUGUUGUUUGACUGAGAUGGGUACAUUUUGUAGGUAGUGUUGUUUGACUGAGAUGGGUACAUUUUGUAGGUAGCGUUGUGCACUAUAUUAUAACAUAGCUGGUUGUUUCAGAGCAAUAUUAAUAGAUGCCUGAUGAAUCACAGCAUUUAUAUAAAAUGUACAAAAUGGAUGUUCAAAGAGCACCAUUUUAUUCUCAUUUCAUAGUUUUUUUUCUGUAAUCAAAACUUUAGAUAUAGAGAGUAUCAAAAUGAGUUUGUAUACAUAGAUCACUGGCGAUCUGAGACCCAGAUUGAUGGUGAUUAUCACUGGCGAUCUGAGACCCAGAUUGAUGGUGAUUAUCACUGGCGAUCUGAGACCCAGAUUGAUGGUGAUUAUCACUGGCGAUCUGAGACCCAGAUUGAUGGUGAUUAUCACUGGCAAUCUGAGACCCAGAUUGAUGGUGAUUAUCACUGGCGAUCUGAGACCCAGAUUGAUGGUGACAUGACAGGGGAGCAGAUCAGUUUUUCAAUGUCCAGUGUUGGAAUCUCAGCAAACCCUAAACCAUUACAUUUCUGUUAGGAAAUAUAGACUGACAUACUCUAUCAUACUCUAACAUACUCUGUCAUAUACUCUGCCAUACCCUGACAUACUCUGCCAUACUCUGUCAUUUACUCUGACAUACUCUAACAUACUCUGUCAUAUACCCUGCCAUACUCUGCCAUAUUCUGCCACUCUGCUAUACUCUGCUCUACCAUACUCUGCCAUACUCUAACACACUAUGCUAUACCCUGCUAUACUCUAACACACUCUGCUAUACUCUGCUAUACUCUGCCAUACUCUAACAUACUCUGCCAUACUCUAACAUACUCUACCAUACUAUAACAUACUCUGCCAUACUAUAACAUACUCUGACAUACUCUGCCAUACUAUAACAUACUCUACCAUACUCUGCCAUACUCUAACAUACUCUAACAUACUCUGCCAUACUCUAACAUACUCUAACAUACUCUGCCAUACUCUAACAUACUCUAACAUACUCUACCAUUCUCUAACAUACUCUGCCAUACUCUAACAUACUCUACCAUACUCUAACAUACUCUGCCAUACUCUAACAUACUCUAACAUACUCUAACAUACUCUAACAUACGCAAACAUACUCUGCCAUACUAUAACCUACUAUAACAUACUCUGCCAUACUUUGCCAUACUCUGGCAGAGUUGCCAUACUCUGCCAUACUCUGACAUACACUGCCAUACUCUGCCAUAUCCUGCCAUACUCUAACAACUAUCACUGUUACCUCUGGACAAAUCCCCUCCUUGAUCAUCAGAAACCCAGGACAUUCAACUGUUGUAUAUGACUCAAACAGCAACAGCAGAAUCUCAAGGCUUUCCAACAUUAUCCUGGAUUGAUGCUAAGUAUUUAAUAAUCACAACAUCUGAUGAUCAUCUCGGGAAAAGUCAGGAGUUCUCGUCCAGGUUUUAUAAACAUUCCUUAACGUAGAAUUAAAAUUUUCCAUAAGAAAGCAUUGUUAGAUAAGGCAAACAUCCGAGUUCAUGAACCUCCUUCUGUAAUGGUUUUGUGAGGACAUGUCCUGGACAUUAUAUAACCAAUGUGAUUUUUAUAUUCCAUAUAUAUAUAUACCUGAACAAGUAACAUGUAUAUGUGGUCUUGUGUUUGUUUAUAGAGCACCAUUGCUAUAUAAUCUUGAGUUAUAUUUAGAUGUACCUACAUAAUAACUAGAACUUUGACCUACAUAAUAACUAGAUCUUUGACCUACAUAAUAACUAGAUCUUUGACCUACAUAAUAACUAGAUCUUGGACCUACAUAAUAACUAGAUCUUGGACCAAUAUAAUAACUAGAUUUUUGACCUACAUAAUAACUAGAUCUUGGACCUAUAUAAUAACUAGAUCUAAUUGGAAUGUUUGUAUUGAUCUUACUAUUUAUAGCUGUUUUGAAUUGUUGCCUAAAAGUUGUCAACUGAA